CGGGAGCACGAGGUGCUGAGCCUGUGCAGCGAGCAGGACAUCGAGGGGUGGCUGGAGGGCGUCAACAGCCGCGGGGACCGCGGGCUCUUCCCGGCUUCUUACGUGCAGGUGAUCCGCGCCCCCGCCGCCGAGCCGCCGCCCGCCCGCUACGCAAACGUCCCCGUCGGCGGAUUCGAGCCGCUGCCGCCCCCCGCCGCCUUCAAGCCGGCGGCGCAGCAGCCUCCGCCCGAGCCCUUCCCGCCGCCCCCCGCCGGGUAUCCCUUUCCGCCCUACGGCGGCUCCUACCAGCCCAGCCAGGGCAGCGAUGACGACUG